AUGCAUGAUAGGAUCGUGAGGACUUUGAAGAAUGUUCAACACAUACCAGAAUUGAAGAAAAACCUUAUUUCUUUGGGCAAUUUAGACACUCUUGGAUACAAGUAUUCCGGUGAAGGUGGAGUCAUUCGGGUUAGUAAAGACUCAUUGGUUAUAAUGAAAGGUAACAAGACUGAUGGUCUCUAUUAUCUUCAGGGUAGUACAUUGACAAGUUUAGCCGCUGUGUCUUCUUUAGACGAUCCAGAUUCAGACACUACCCGUUUCUGGCAUAUGCGGUUAACUCAUAUGAGUGAGAAGGGGAUGACAAUCCUGAGCAAACGGAGUUUGCUUUGUGACCAGAAAACAGGAUCUCAUGACUUUUGUGAGCAUUAUGUGUUCAGGAAACAGUGCAGAGUCAAGUUUAGUACAGGUAUUCACAGAACGAGUGGUACAGUGGAUUAUAUCCAUUCAGAUUUAUGGGGUCCUUCUUAG